AUGGGAUCUUCAAAAUUAAUAAAUGGUUUAAAGAUUGGAUUUUCAACUGUUUUCAGAUUGACUCAAUUGGGGUUUCCUUCUUUGACUAUGAUGGUACUUAGUUCUAUGCACUUAUAUUGGUAUCUUGAUGAUCCUUAUAGACAUAAUUCUGAACAAAUAUUUACAUUGGUAAUUUACACAAUUGCUUUUGUUGAUGUUUUAUUGAUAUUAGUUAUAAUUCCCAUUUUUCAUAAUAAUAUUAGUAUACUUACAAUAUUUAUCAUUGAUAUAAUUCCAAUUAUUUUAAACAUUAUAUAUUUGGCCUACAGUUCACAAAAAAUAGAUUUUGAACCAUCCUAUUCUAGUAUUGGUAUUGGUUUCCAUGUGAUUACUAUUUUGAUUGUUUUAAUAUGGUCAGGAGUUCCAGAGAUCAAACAGAAAGGAAUUAGAGGAUUAUUGAAAAGAAGAAAAUUCUUAUACGGUUGUAUGUUUAUUGAUAAAACUAUUGGCUAUAAAUCAUUAAAAGAUGUUAAUUCAUUAGGGUUAGUUGAAAUUGAUAAAGGUGAUUGUUAUGAUCUUGAAAGAAAUGGUGAUGAUUCAAAAAGAAAUGUACUUUAA